CCGAAUUUAGAGUUCCAAGUUGUUCAAGGUGCUGUCUGGAAAGCUUAGAAACUACAACAUUCCAACAUUUCAAUAUUUCCUACUCAACAUCUACACGUGUUUUCCAUGUUUUUAGUCACAUUUAAAGAUAGUUGGAUCCUACCACAUCUUACCUCCGUCAUUCAAAAAAUCCUUCUUAUUGCAUCACUAGCAGUGCGCAGCAAUGGAGGAGGAUCAACAGAAACAACAACAGAUGUCAUCAACCUGGCCGCCCCCUCCUCCCUUCUGGCGCGACUUCACACCUGAGAAUAUCGCGCGCAUCGACGAGCUACGAAAGGAGCAAGCGGAGAAGGAAGGUAUUGAAGAUGCUUCCAAGGUUCGCCUCCAAGGCCUACCCCGCGGCUUGCGCAACCUACAGCCGCCCCAAGAGCCGGCAGAUGGAGUGUGGAGAGUCUUUGGCGACACAUACCGAUUGAACGACGAGCUCCCCCGGCUGGAGGAGUCUAACAUUCGACGGCUAUUUCCGAACCCCGAAGAGAGAGACCAAGAUGGAAAACACUUCGAUCGCGCGCUCAUUCUUAAGAGACUAGCCAAGUCGCUAUUGUUGAACUUCUUAGAGCUUGUAGGACUGUUGGCUAUGAACCCCGAAGCUGCGGAAGAGAAGACCAACGAUAUCCGUGAUCUGUUCAUCAACUUUCACCACCUCAUUAACGAGUACCGACCCCACCAAGCUCGCGAGUCGCUAAUCUCGAUGAUGCAGGCGCAGCUAGACCGUACGCGCGCCGAGACGGACGCAAUCCGGGAUGCGAAAGACAAGGCUGAUCGGGUUAUGGAAGGAUUGGGCAGUCUCAAAAUUCAGGAGGAACUCGUCAGCACAUUGACGACUCAGCCUAAGAAGGACCCGUGGGCCUAUGAGCGUGAGACUUGGACAACGGCUGUUGGAGAUCUCUAGGGGACCACGCCGUUUAUAAUUGCUCAAGGUGAUCCUUGCUAUGGUAUGUGUAUGCGAGUUACGGAGUUGAUUAAUCAAGGUCUUUUACAAGGAGUUGGGAUCUUGGGAUCUUCGGCAACGAUACCCUUUGAUUUUUGAUGGUCUGGAUUAGGUAUAUGGACCGUGUUCCAUUACCUCUA